ACUUUGUUGGGGAUUCUUUCCUCCGUUUCCGACUCCUUUGUUCUCUUAAGUGUUCUUGGUUAGUGGAAUGGAAGCUCAGCAGCCCCAUUUAUGCCCCCGAGAGCCUCGUCGUUCCCCUCGUGUGUAGGUGUAGCCUUUCACUCGGUUGGUGGAAGGGCGAGGCACAGAAGAACAUCGAUAAAGGGUGUGUCUAUUUUUUAGCUCUUCGUGUUCUUGUAGGAGGAAUUCCCGUUCACAUGAUCCGUGCCUGUACCUGACGGGCCUUGUCGCGCUCUGCUGCUUCGCUUUCGGGGAGAGGAGGACUCGACUCAAAUCACUUGGUAGCGGAGACGUCGCCCUUUCUAGUUCAGUCGAGAGAUAUUUCUGGCAUGGCCGGCGCAAGCAACCAUGGAUCCCUCACCGACGAAUGGUUGCCGCCCCCUACACCAAGCCCAAGAAGUCUCGUGUCAAGCUUUCUGAAUGAAGAAUUCAGCCCCGGGCCAUUCUCUGGUCUUUUCAGUAAACAUGGCGCCAAUAGACCCCAUGAUCAAUCCGAAAAGGGCAGAGGAGCUCUGAAUUCGAGCGAGGAGUUCCCUACUCAUGCUGUCAAAGACCCAUUUCAAAAGGGUUUCUCCCUGGAGCCAAAUUUGUUCAGUGCUAAUCAUAUAUCAAACUCCAAUGGUGGUUUGGCAGAGCGCAGGGCUGCAAGAGCAGGUUUCAGUGUCCCGAAAAUUGAUACUUCUCGAGUUGGUUCAUCAGCAGUUAUUCGAUCUCCUGUGUCAAUUCCACCUGGUCUAAGUCCAACUACACUACUGGAGUCUCCUGUUUUUCUUUACAAUAAAAUGGCACAGCCUUCUCCAACCACUGGCACGUUGCCAUUUUUGACGGCUACGAAUGAUAAGUCGACAAUACCACCAGCUACCAAGAUAACUGAAGAUUCUGCAGUUUAUAAUGAUGUGUUUUCUUUCCAACCCCACUUAGGUUCUAAAGAAACAGGUUUCUCUACUGCAGAAAAGGACUAUGGCGCCUAUCAGCAAAAGCAUUCAUUGUGGAAUAUUCAUCAGCAGGAAUCCAGUCUUCAGUCAAGUUUUACCGCAGUCAAGGACAACACUAGUGCAACAAUUGGUGAAACGAAGACAUCUAGCUCCAUGUUCAGUGAUAGUCACUAUUCAGCUGACCAACAGCAAGGUGAAGAGACAAACAUGAAGGAGCAAGGCAAAGGUGUCGAGGCUAGAUCAGCUGCUUUUCUUCCUGCACCAGUGCAUAAUGAUGCAUCUCUCCUGGAUUCUCAAGAUGCAGUUGAUGUCUCGUCAACGCUGUCUAAUGAAGAGGACGAGAGGGCAACACAUGGCACUGUUUCUAUAGAGUGUGAGGGUGAUGAAGAUGAGACUGAAUCUAAAAGAAGGAAGUUGGAAUUAGAUGCUUUAGGAGCUAUUGCUAUUGCUACUACCUCCACCACCAGUACCAUUGACAUGGGCCCUGCAUCCUCAAGAGCUGUCCGGGAGCCUAGGGUUGUUGUUCAGACCACAAGUGAGGUAGACAUUCUUGAUGACGGUUAUCGGUGGCGUAAGUAUGGACAGAAGGUUGUUAAGGGCAAUCCAAAUCCAAGGAGCUACUACAAGUGUACACACCCUGGCUGUUCAGUGCGCAAGCAUGUGGAAAGAGCAUCACAUGAUCUGAAAUCAGUCAUCACAACAUAUGAGGGAAAGCACAACCAUGAAGUUCCAGCAGCCAGAAGUAGUGGGCAAGGCAGUUCUGGUUCUGGCAGCGGUCCAUCUGCACCACAAGCUGGUGGUUCUCACCGUAGGCAAGAACCUGCACAAGCCAGCUUCGCUCACUUUGGUACAUCUCCUUUCAGCUCCUUCGGUCUCGCACCGAGCGGACAGUUGGGACCAACAACUGGUAAUUUCCGCUUCGGCAUGGUUCCGCCAGGCGCGACGAUCCCAAUGCCCUCUCUAGGAUCACUUGCCCCUACAAAAAUGAUUGGAAAUCCAUCAGCUAUGCAGGGGUACCCAGGGCUUAUGAUGCCAGGAGAGCCAAAGGUAGAGCCUUUCUCGCGACCACACUUCCCAACGUCAAUUGCACCUCCGCCAGCUUACCAACAGAUACUGAGCAGGCCUCCUUUUGGUCAUCAGAUGUAAAUAAUAGGAAGGGGAUAGAUUUGCUUCGGCUUGUAUACAUGAUAGCUACGCUGCAACAUGGCUUUGUUCUAGUUUUGUUGAUGGAUCGUCCGAUUUUUACUUCUUUUUAAAUUU